ACUAGCAUCAAAUAUCAUCCCUCGAGGAAAGUACACUUAUAUGAAAUCGUUUCCAUAGGUUGAUGUGCUGGAGUCAAUCGAAGUGCGUGAAGAGUCAAAUGUUGAUGCAGUUAUUGUACGAGGAAAUCACUUCUUACAGGUUAACCAAGAGAAACCCUUCCGUAUUCACGCCAAUGUCCGUUCUGUCAUUACAGAGAACUACGUGCCAUGCUCAUGUCAACUAUGGUGGGUCUUGGACUCUCCGCUGGCACAGCAGAUGCCCAUGUUUUCCCGUCAUAACUUCUGUGUUUCGCCCUAUGCCCUUCAUGGCAAGACCAUCACUUCAGUGGACAUGGAAAAACUGGAACGAUGCCCUGCGCCGCAAGAACUUCAGCUACCCAGCGGCCAGGAGACAUCCCAAGGAACUUCUACACUGCCCCUCCCAGAAUUCCUCUCUGCUCUGUGUAUAUCCUUAUUACUAUUUCAUCAUCCUGAUUGGUGACAUGACUCCUGAGAUGAUGGCAUGUCACAGAUUAUAUCUUUUAAUUAUGGAGUGUACAGAAUUAGUUUUAUUGUAAUGAUCUGUGGAAUCUUUGUCUACAAUAGCCUUAUCCCUGAUUUGUAAAAUAUGCCAUUAUUAUCACCAAGAUGGGGACAAUAAUUAAUUAAAAACUCAG